AUGAUGACUGCUGUGAUGGCGGUGCGAGCUGGAAACGUCUCAAAUAAGGCGUUAGUAAAAAAGGUGAUUGGAUUCAUCGUCGUUGUGGUUGUUUGUGUGGCAGUUGUUGUUGUAGUUUUAAAAGUCCUCAAAACGUUUGGGGACUCCUCUAGCGACUCCAAAAAGGAAAAAACAUUUAAUGAAGUUCGCGUACUGACGAACCAGGGUGGUGUGGGUAAUUUUGGACCAUCUAUACUCAAGUACGAAGGCGUACUGAAAAACGAGGUCAAAGUCUCCCCCCAGCAUCCGGGCAUUCAACUUUGGACGAUUCCAGUUUCCGGUCUCUGGUCUAUCGAAGCUAGAGGAGCCUCCGGGGCUGACGGGAUAUUAGCCGGAAGUUCAAGUAACCGUAAGCGAGGAGGAUACGGAGCUAUUGUGAAAGGAAAAUUCCUUCUACACAAGGGAAGAAUCCUAAAGAUUUUGGUCGGCAAUGAGGGCUUCCGUGACUUUCUAGACCCUCACCGUCCUGGGGGAGGAGGGGGUGGUACCUUUGUUGUGUACGAGGAUGGUAAACCGCUGCUUGUAGCUGGUGGUGGGGGUGGUGGUGGAAUACCAAAAGCUUCUCGACAGACAGAUGGGAAAGGUGGCAGGUCCAAUGAUGAGCCAUCCUCCAGUGUCAGCGGCAGCGAGGGUAAAGGCGGGAAACUUUUAGACUACAGCGACAGCAGCGAGACGGUCAUCAAUGAAUCCACUGGGCAUCACAAAGUUAUUGCAGGUGCAGGAGGAGGUAUGUACAGCGCUGGAGUCGGCUUCAAAGAAGGCUGGGGUGGAGAAAGCUUCGUUGGUGGAGGAAAUGGUGGAGAGGCAAACACGGUAUAUGAUAAGUUUCCCCAUGGGAAGAGGGGUCGUGGAGGUUUUGGUGGGGGAGGGGCUGCCGGUUUGUUGCCCGGAGGUGGGGGAGGGUAUUCGGGGGGUGGUGUCAAAGGGUGUUGGUUGCAGUGUGAUGGUAAGAAUGGUGGCACGGCGGAAGGAGGAAGUUCGUACAACGCCGGGAUUUCACCUUCUAAUAAGGCAAACAAGAACAAGGGUCCUGGCAGAGUUUAUAUCAGGCUCAUGUCUGAGGAAGUUGAGGAAGAUUAA